AUGCACAAGGCAGUAUUUGGUGAAUUGGCUGAGGGAGCUGAACUAUCCUAUCGUGCUCAUGGAAAGAAACUAUUGGUUGGUCACAAAGUGGGAAAUGGAAUUCGUUGCACCUGUUGUAACACUGUGGUCAGCCCUUCUCGGUUUGAAGCACAUGCUGGUUGUGCAUCACGACGGAAACCCUAUCUGCAGAUAUAUACAUCUAAUAUGGUUUCACUCCAUCAGUUGUCCAUUGAUCUUUUAAAAAAGCGGAGUCUUUCUACCAAGGAACAUGUUGAUCUCUGCAGUUUAUGUUCAAAUGGAGGGGAUCUUAUCAGUUGUGAUCGUGAUAAAUGCACAAGAGCUUUUCACCUAAAAUGUGCUCGUCUUCCUCGUAUACCAAGUGGUUUGUGGUACUGCAAAUAUUGUGAGAAUGAAACUCAGGAAAACAAAGAUGUGGACCAGGGGAGAAGCUUUUUAGUCGAACAUGAUGAGGGCGGCCAGUGUGCAUUGUGCGGUGGCCAUGAUUUCAUCAAAGACGUCUUUGGUCCUCGGACAGUAAUGAUUUGUGAUCAGUGUGAGAAGGAAUACCAUGUCGAGUGCUUGAAGGAUCAUAACAAGCAGAACCUAGAGAAAUUACCGGAAGGUAAAUGGUUCUGUUGCUCAGAUUGUGAUCAUAUUCAUAACGUUCUGGUAAAAUAUGUGGCUCGUGGGGAGAUGAAUCUUCCAGAUUCCCUCCUAAGUUUGAUUGAAAAGAAGCCUGAAGAAAAAGGCAUAGAAAGUGAGGCUGGUCUUGAUAUAAAAUGGAGGGUUUUUAACGAGAAUUUGGUUGAUCAUAAUGAGACUAUGUCAUUGUUUUCAAACGUUGAUGAUAUCUUCCAUGAGCAGUUUGGUCCAAUAGUUAAUCCUACUACAGCGGGUGAUUUCAUUGAGGAAAUGCUUUACGGAAAGAAAGUCAAGGAUCAUGAUUUUCGCGGAAUGUAUUGUGCAGUGCUCACUAUCAACCAAAUGGUGGUUUGUGCUUGUCUAUUUCGUGUGUUUGGGCAAGAAGUAGCAGAGCUUCCCUUAGUGGCAACUCGUAAAGAUUACCAAAGAAAGGGUUACUUUCGGUCCCUGUUCUCUUGCAUUGAAAGGAUGUUAGGAUGUUUAAAGGUGAAAAACUUUGUCCUACCAGCGACGAGGGAAGCUAAGUCGCUAUGGACCACCAAAUUUGGGUUCUCAAGGCUGGGUAGAGAGAAGAUAAACAACUACCAAAAAUACAACAACAUAAUGGCAUUUAAGGGAACAUUGUUUCUCCAGAAGCCUAUUCCUCAACUACAAAAAAUACAACAACAUAGUAGCAUUUCAAGGAACAUUCUUUCUCUAGAAGCAUAUUCCUGUGCUGAAAUGAGGGCCUAAUUAUGUCGAAGUGGCUUUCUAUAGUUUCAAAGUUGGAUUCUAUAGUUUAUACAUUCCUACUCAUUUAAUCAUCUCUAAGAUAUUCAUUCUUGUUAAUUGAUUCUUAGCAAGAAGCUUUUUCCCCUUUUAAACUUGGUUUAGAAGACAGAAAAUUUAUGAUGCAGCUACAAGUAAAAGGAACUUCUAGCGUUGCUACAUUUUUUGAAACAAGCGCUGCGUAUUU